AUGGCUUCUCAACAUGUUAUCUUUGCAGAAACGAUCGCGGCGAUGAAAAAAGCUCGGAAGCGGAGAGCAUACGAGUCGGACUCUGAUUCUGAAGUUGACUAUCACGGGAACCGCGGCCAUAAACUUAAGAGGAGAGCCAGAUUCACACACGAAGGCCAACUGGUGGCGCCGUCCGGGCCCGAGGUAUACAAAGAGAUUGUAAACCACGCUGGGUAUCAACGAGCGAUCAUCAGCCGGAAUCCCCCACUUAUCGACGACGAAGGGUACGAAAUUGAUAGUGACGAUGACGAAGAACAAAUUCUCGAUGCCAUGAACAAUGCCGCAGAGUUCAAUCCAUACACAAACAUCCGCCUAGAGAAUGUUCUAGCACCCUUAACGGCAGUCACGGACCUUCCGACGCACCAAACAUUAUCGAGACCGUAUACGUCUAAAACCCUUACCGAACUUACCAAACAAGGCUGUAGUCUUAUGCACAAGGAAAACGCGGCUUUGUGGAAAAUCAAACACCUCCAGACAAAAUUGGUUGGAGACCAUAACUGGGUACCCUGUGAGCUGAUGAUAGGGCCAAACGAUAUUGAGUUAUUCAACGAUGAUUACGUUGAUCGCUCACAAGAGUCUCUCAAGUCGGAUAGCAAUACGCUCAUGCUCGAGCACACGCACACGCACAGCGAAGCCAAAUCAAAUGGACAUUCCGCUACUAAUGGCGAUGGCCAACUCAAAAGUCCUCAUACUACUCGACAUGAUCCUAGCAAGCUCGACAAACCCGGUAUCUUGAUGACCGACGCUGAUCCUACACCAAACGAAGCUGCGACAGCCCAGGAUCCGAGAUUUGGGAAGCAUAAAAUCAAUCAGGCAUCGUCGUCAGGCAACAAAGACCUGGAGCAUACCGAUUCAAGGGCCAAAGAAGCAGAUACUCAGUCACAACAGAACGGACAAGUCAUCAAUCAAAAGGAAAAACAUGUUGCGGAAGCUCUGAUGGCAGACUGGCAGACGGUGAACGGCUCAACCGUAUCUACCAAUUCUGACAAGGCUAGGGUGCAAACCUCCCAGCUCAAUGAGGCGGCGAGGAAAACUGUCAACGAUAUGAGUCGACCGGUGUCUGCCAUAUCAGAUUCAACGAGUGAUCUUCCAAUACAUCCCAUGUUCAUACCCCCACGAUCAGCCCGUCCUGAUCGAGAUCUGGGCAUCCCAGAAAGUGAAGCAGAAGAUAUGAGGCGUAUUUUUCAGCUUUUUGUUCAAAAACAAGAGGAAGUCUGUCGUGGGGUGAAGCGUUUAUAUGAAGGACUUCUUCGAGCAGAGAGGAUGCGCAAGACUGUGUUACAAUGGUCUAAAUACGAAGCGCACGUGGGUCCAAACAGGGACAUGUCUGAUGGGGAAGACUGGUAUGAUAAGGAGGAAUGGGGCUUUGACGAGGACCUGAAAAAGGGCCAGGACGAAGAGGAAGAUGAGCCCCAAACGACGAAGAAAACCAGGACUCGGCGCUGA